ACCUACAACCAGGCUGGAAUGAAAUGACCGACCAGCAGAGCAGAGCAGCAGAGAUGUUCUAGGAGUAGCAGUUCAAUUUUCCAGAUUCUCAUUUUCAAGUUUCUAGUUAGAAUUUCGCGUAUUCGUGCUUCUCCUGAUGUGGUAGGUUUUCCAGAAUCUCCACUCUUAGAGUUUAGCUGUCUCACCACUCCGACGCCAUGGCGCCAUGCAAUGCGGUUCUCGCCGUUCUCGUCGUCGUGCUCGCCGCGGCGGCAGCGGCCCACGCGAUCGACCUGCACCGCCAGGCACGCAUGGAGGAACUCAAGGCGUCAAUUCGAGAUCGACGGCCAUCGUUCGUUUUCGUGAAGCUUCGACACGACACGGGUCAUCGCACGCUGGAGGACGUGCAGCAGCUGGCGACGAGGUGGCAGCAGGGCAUGACGGAGGGAAAGAUUGGCGCGAACGUGUAUCCUCUGGACUCUGACACGCUCCACAUCGCACUGCUCACUACGGCAGCUGCUAACAAGGUGAAGGAGUUUGUGCUGGAGCAGGACGAGGCGUAUGAAAUGCUUGUAGGUGACGAUGUGGUGCGGCGCCCCGGUGACCCCUCAUUAGAGUCACUGGUGCACCGGGAUGUGUGGAAGAGGGAGAGGAUGCGGCAGGAGAUGAUGAAGGAGCGCGAGAAGCUGCACCUGGACAGGAUGGGCGGCGAUGGGGGCAUGACGGAGCACCACCGGGCGCGGAUCAAGGAGCACCUGAGGGCACGACAUGUGGAGAGGAUGGAGAGGAAGAGGCAGAUGCGGGAGGAAUGGCUGGAGAACCAUGCUGAUGAUGAUUUGUAGAGUGAUGAGUAGUGAGAGGGUGUUCAGUAUGCGUCUGAGUAGGAGUUCAGAUGACUUGCAGCUGGAAGUUGCAACUGGUUGUACGGGUUUGAACAUCGUUGAUAAGAAUUCUGAACUAUUUAUCGCUAGGACUAGUGAUAUUA